CAAACUCUUCAUCUGAGAUUGGUUCCUGUGUGUCAUAUGGUUUACAAGUCAGUGGGAAUUAAGGACAGCACAUACAAGCUGAAAGGCCAAAUAAGGAAAUGUAUUCCUUCUCUUGACAGUUCUAAUUUAACUUAAUUCUGUAUAUGUUCCAAAGAAGAAGAGUCAUCGGUCAAGAGGUAAGUCUUCCUGAAGGUUGGUGCCCUGGACAAUUGCCUGGCUGACUCUUCCCUAAUCCGCUGCAGGCCAUGAUCAUAUUCUAGACCUAAGGCUAUUGGAAGAGAGCCAGGAAGAGAAACAGACAUCAGAGUGAGGGAUUAAAGAAGGUUUUCUGGAGAUGAUCACGUGUAUGUGUCAAACUUUAGAAGUCAAGUGGCAGUUACAUGGAUAAAUUGUGGGCCGAGGGAAACGGCAUGGCAUGGAGUACAGUAUGUAGAGUUCAGUUUGCCUGGAACAAAAUGUGUCAAUGUGGGGUUAUAAAGAUGAAGCUAGAGGUUCCUCCCUCCCCCAAGAUGGCAACAGCCGAAGACGAGUUACUGCUACCGCGGCUCCCCGAGCUGUUCGAAACCAGCAAACAGCUUCUAGACGAAGUGGAAGUAGCGACUGAACCCACCGGUUCCCGAGUGAUCCAGGAAAAGGUGAUCAAGGGAUUAGACCUCCUUAAGAAGGCUGCCGAAAUGUUAUCGCAGCUCGACUUGUUCAGCCGAAAUGAAGAUUUGGAAGAGAUUGCUUCCACCGACCUGAAGUACCUGAUGGUGCCAGCAUUUCAAGGAGCACUCACCAUGAAACAAGUCAACCCCAGCAAGCGUCUAGAUCAUUUGCAGUGGGCUCGAGAACACUUUUUAAACUACUUAAUUCAGUGCCGGUACUAUCAUGUGGCAGAGUUUGAGCUGCCCAAAACCAAGAACAACUCAACUGAUUAUAACACAGCUAGUUCCUCCAUGGCCUAUCCUAACCUUGCUGAUAUGGCAUCUCAAAGACAAGCUAAAAUAGAGAGAUACAAGCAGAAGAAGGAAUUGGAGCAUAGGUUGUCUGCACUGAAAUCUGCUGUGGAAAGUGGUCAAGCAGAUGAUGAGCAUGUUCGUGAAUAUUACCUCCUUCACCUUCGAAGGUGGAUUGGUAUCAGCUUGGAAGAGAUUGAGAGUAUUGACCAGGAGAUGAAGAUCCUGAGAGAAAAAGACUCCUCAACAGAGGCAUCAACUUCUCAUUCACCUCGUCAGGACAGGCCUCCAAUGAAACCCUUUGUUCUCACUCGGAAUGUGGCCCAAGCCAAAGUAUUUGGAGCUGGUUAUCCAAGUCUGGCAUCUAUGACGGUGAAUGACUGGUAUGAUCAGCAUCGGAAAUUUGGAGCAUUACCAGAUCAGGGCAUAGCCAAGACACCAGCAGAGCUCAAAAGAAGUGUUCAGCAACAGGAAGAUGAGGAACAAAAGGAGGAGGUUGAGGAUGAUGAGCAAACACACCGCAGAGCUCGGGAGUGGGAUGACUGGAAGGACACCCAUCCUAGGGGCUAUGGCAACCGACAGAACAUGGGUUAGUCCUCCCACCACAAGACAGGACUACAGGGGUCACAUCUUCCCUGCCAAGGAAAGCAGCGCCGUCUUCCCCUCCCUGAGCUCCUGCUUCAGCUGCAUACAACGAAGGCAAAGAUGCUCAGUCUCGCUUUGCAAAGUUCAAUAAAGUGUCAAACAAUAAA